AUGAUGGAACCACCUCACGGCGCGGACCCCGAGGACUACUACGUCAAGCAGGAUCGCGUCGGCAAGGGUUCCUUUGGUGAAGUAUACAAAGGCUUCGACAAGCGAUCAAGACAGCCUGUCGCCAUCAAAAUCAUCGACCUCGAAAAUGCCGAAGAUGAGAUCGACGACAUCCAGCAAGAGAUCGCCAUCUUGAGUCAGCUCGAUAGUCCUCACGUUACAAAAUACCAUGGCUCUUGGCUCAAGGGCACCAACUUGUGGAUCGUCAUGGAAUACUGCUCCGGCGGCAGUUGCUCUGAUCUCAUGAAACCCGGUCGGUUCCGCGAGGACUACAUCGCCAUCGUGGUGCGCGAGCUCCUCAAGGGCCUCGAAUACCUCCACGGCGAAGGCAAGCUGCAUCGAGAUAUCAAGGCAGCCAACAUCCUGCUGUCAGCCACGGGCGACGUCAAGCUUGCAGACUUCGGUGUCUCGGGCCAGCUCACAGCCACCAUGACCAAGAAAAACACGUUCGUUGGCACCCCCUACUGGAUGAGUCCAGAGGUCAUCAAGCAGAGCGGAUACGACUUCAAGGCCGACAUCUGGAGUUUGGGCAUCACCGCCAUCGAGAUGGCUAUGGGCGAGCCGCCCUACGCCGAUCUCCAUCCCAUGAAGGUGCUCUUCCUCAUCCCCAAGAACCCGCCGCCACAGCUCGAAGGACCCUUCUCCCGACCUUUCAAGGAGUUCGUCAACCUCUGCUUGCAGCGCGACCCAGCCAACCGUCCAUCUGCUCGCGAACUCCUCAAGCAUCCCUUCAUCCGCAAAGCCAAGAAGACGGCCUACCUCACUGAGCUCAUCGAGCGACUUGAGGCAUGGCGCGCCGAGGGCGGCGAGCGUCACGAGGCCGAGGAUAGCGAGGACACUGACGAAGAGUUCCCCGAGGGCGAAGAGGACAUGUGGGACUUCGGCACGGUUCGCAACACGAUGCGACGUGGAAGAGGUGGCACCGUAGCGAUGCGAAUGCCAGCGAGCGCCAUGACUGCGGCUGCCGCGGCUGUCAAUGGAGGCCAAGAUGUGGCCAACGGUCGACCACCAGCCAAGGAGCUGCCCCAAGUACCCCAGCACCAGCAGCAGCAGCCGCCUCGAUCACCGCAACCGCAGCCUCCGCGAUCGCCAGUCUAUGCACAGGAAGUGCCGCCUCCGUCACCACGUCAUGCGCCGCCACCCCUGCCACAACAACAACAGCAUCAACAGCAGCAACAGCAGCAACAGCAGCAACAGCAGCAACAGCACCGACAGCAACCGCAACAGUCCCAGCAACAGCCGCAACAACAACAGCAACAGAAGCGAUACCAGCAGCAGCCCCAGCAACAGCCGCAGCCGGAUCGCAGAUUCGGCAGCUCCGGCUCCUCGGGCUCGGGCGGUUCCGCGGGAGGCACAGUGCGUCUCGCGGCUGCACCCUCGCGACCGGGCAUUCCAACCAGCGGCGGGUCGAGCCCGCGUCAGCAAACGCAGAGCUUCUCGGCCGCCGACGCGUACGACAAGGCCAUCGCGGGCGGCUCCAAUGGCCACACGUACUACGAUCCCGUGGAAACAGAACGGAGACGGAUGGAGGAUGUGCAGCUCAAGUCCGCCCCUGCGCCCGCCGCAGGUGGCAGGGGCAACGGGGCAGGCGACGCAGCAUACCAGCAGCAACAGGUCGCACGCCUCACCGCGCUCGAUACGGUGUUUCUGCCGGUGAUCGAGCAGCUCAACAUGGCGGUGGCCUCCAGAAGAGAUGCGGUGAGGACACUGACGAAUCUGAGGGCCUGUUUGGAGGAGGCCGAGAUGGUCACUCCGGGCAUCAUGAAUGCGUUUGCCGUGGAGCUGUUUCAUACCAUGGCGGAGGUCGAGGGGGAUAGAGAGGAGGGCGAUGAGUGGGAGGGCUAG